AUGGCAGACGCAGCUGUGAGAGACUUUCUGACCUGUUCCAUUUGUCUGGACACCUUCGUGGAUCCUGUGUCUCUGAGCUGUAACCACAGCUUCUGCAGCAGCUGUGUCCAGAAGCACUGGGUCCAGGACCAGAGCAGGAGCUGCCCUCUCUGUAGGAAGAGGGAUUCUAAAGAACUGAUAAUAAACUUUAGUUUGAAACAACUGAGCGACGAUCUGAGGCUGAAGCUGCAGACCCAGGACCAGACCCAGGACCAGACCCAGGACCAGACCCAGGACCAGACCCAGGACCAGACCCAGCGGUGGUCAGGAUGCUCGGUCCACCCCCAGGUGCCUCCUCUCUUCUGCCUGGACGAGGCCUGCUGCUUCUGUGCGCUCUGUGAGUUCCGUAAACACAAAGACCACGAGGUGCUGAGUGAGGAGGAGGCGGAGGAGCAGCUGAAGCAGCCUCUGCGAUCGCAGCUGCAGACUCUGAAGAAGACCAGACAGACCUGUGAAGACCUGCACAACAAAUAUGACCAGAUCCAGAACCAGUCUGAGAAACAGGCUCUGCACUGUGAGAGACAGAUCUCUGCUGUGUUCCACAGGCUGCGGCGCCACCUGCAGGAGGAGCAGGACACUGCACUGAGAGCUCUGAGGCAGGAGCAGGACAGACAGAAGCACCUCCUCAUGUCCCAGAGGACAACACUCAGAGACAAACUGUCCUCUGUGGACCUCAGCAUCCAACAGCUGGAGGAACAUCUGCAGACACCAGCACGGGACUUUCUCCUGACGCCUCCUGUCCCCACAGGGCUGAGGCAGGACCAGGACCAGGACCAGGACCAGGACCAGGACCAGACUCCUCUCCCCACAGGACUGAUGCUGGACCAGGCCAAAGUCCUGGGGAACCUGGGCUUCAGGGUCUGGAGGAGCCUGAGGAGAGCAGUGAGACACAGUCCAGUGGUCCUGGAUCCAAACACAGCUGACAGAGGCCUGUAUCUGUCUGAGGACCUCAGUGCAGUGACUCAAGGAGACACUCUUCAGGACCUGCUCCCUGACCUCCCAGAGAGGUUCAGUAAGUACUUCACUGUCCUGGGCUCUGAGGGCUUCAUCUCUGGGACACACCAGUGGGACGUGGAGGUGGGAGAUCAUCCAAACUGGACCAUCGGAGUCGCACAAGAGUCGACCGACAGGAAAGGAAAGAUAUUUGCUACACCUAAAUAUGGAAUCUGGUGUUUAUGGCACAGAGAUGGUAAAUACACAGACGGCUGUGAUAAACCUGUGACUGUGAAGAAGAGACCAGAGAAGAUCCGGGUCAAACUGGACCAUGCCAAAGGAACCGUGUCCUUCUAUGACGCUGGUCACAUGACCCACCUGCUCACACUCACACACACAUGGACUGAGAGGAUGUUUCCUUAUUUUAGCAUCGGACCCAGUAAAGACGCUAAAACCAAAGAAAUACACAUCUUCCUGCAGACCCCGAGUCCAGUCCUGCAGACCCCGAGUCCAGUCCUACAGACCCGAGUCCAGUCCUGCAGACCCGAGUCCAGUCCUACAGACCCCGAGUCCAGUCCUGCAGACCCCGAGUCCAGUCCUGCAGACCCCGAGUCCAGUCCUGCAGACCCCGAGUCCAGUCCUGCAGACCCCGAGUCCAGUCCUGCAGACCCGAGUCCAGUCCUACAGACCCGAGUCCAGUCCUGCAGACCCGAGUCCAGUCCUACAGACCCCGAGUCCAGUCCUACAGACCCGAGUCCAGUCCUGCAGACCCCGAGUCCAGUCCUGCAGACCCCGAGUCCAGUCCUGCAGACCCCGAGUCCAGUCCUGCAGACCCGAGUCCAGUCCUGCAGACCCGAGUCCAGUCCUGCAGACCCGAGUCCAGUCCUGCAGACCCGAGUCCAGUCUUACAGACCCGAGUCCAGUCCUACAGCCCCCGAGUCCAGUCCUACAGACCCCGAGUCCAGUCCUGCAGACCCGAGUCCAGUCCUGCAGACCCCGAGUCCAGUCCUGCAGACCCCGAGUCCAGUCCUGCAGACCCCGAGUCCAGUCCUGCAGACCCCGAGUCCAGUCCUGCAGACCCGAGUCCAGUCCUGCAGACCCGAGUCCAGUCCUGCAGACCCGAGUCCAGUCCUGCAGACCCGAGUCCAGUCUUACAGACCCGAGUCCAGUCCUACAGCCCCCGAGUCCAGUCCUACAGACCCCGAGUCCAGUCCUGCAGACCCGAGUCCAGUCCUGCAGACCCCGAGUCCAGUCCUGCAGACCCCGAGUCCAGUCCUGCAGACCCCGAGUCCAGUCCUGCAGACCCCGAGUCCAGUCCUGCAGACCCCGAGUCCAGUCCUGCAGACCCCGAGUCCAGUCCUACAGACCCGAGGCCAGUCCUGCAGACCCGAGUCCAGUCCUACAGACCCCGAGUCCAGUCCUGCAGACCCCAUGUCCAGUCCUGCAGACCCCGAGUCCAGUCCUACAGACCCCGAGUCCAGUCCUACAGACCCCGAGUCCAGUCCUGCAGACCCGAGUCCAGUCCUGCAGACCCGAGUCCAGUCCUGCAGACCCCGAGUCCAGUCCUGCAGACCCCGAGUCCAGUCCUACAGACCCGAGGCCAGUCCUGCAGACCCGAGUCCAGUCCUACAGACCCCGAGUCCAGUCCUGCAGACCCCGAGUCCAGUCCUGCAGACCCCGAGUCCAGUCCUACAGACCCGAGUCCAGUCCUACAGACCCCGAGUCCAGUCCUGCAGACCCGAGUCCAGUCCUGCAGACCCGAGUCCAGUCCUGCAGACCCGAGUCCAGUCCUGCAGACCCGAGUCCAGUCCUGCAGACCCGAGUCCAGUCCUGCAGACCCCGAGUCCAGUCUUACAGACCCGAGUCCAGUCCUGCAGACCCCGAGUCCAGUCCUGCAGACCCCGAGUCCAGUCCUACAGACCCGAGUCCAGUCCUGCAGACCCGAGUCCAGUCCUGCAGACCCGAGUCCAGUCCUGCAGACCCGAGUCCAGUCCUACAGACCCGAGUCCAGUCCUACAGGAGGUUCUGACGUCUCUGGGUUUUGAAAAUACUCUCUGCUGUGUAUUUGGGAAAUCUGUGGCUGAGCUGCAGGUAGUACCAGUAUCCCCGCCCUCAUGUGUGUCUGCCCCGCCCCCAUGUGUGUCUGCCCCGCCCUCAUGUGUGUCUACCCCGCCCUCAUGUGUGUCUGCCCCGCCCUCAUGUGUGUCGGCCCCGCCCCCAUGUGUGUCUGCCCCGCCCUCAUGUGUGUCGGCCCCGCCCUCAUGUGUGUCGGCCCCGCCCCCAUGUGUGUCUGCCCCACCCUCAUGUGUGUCUACCCCGCCCUCAUGUGUGUCGGCCCCGCCCUCAUGUGUGUCGGCCCCACCCUCAUGUGUGUCGGCCCCGCCCUCAUGUGUGUCGGCCCCGCCCUCAUGUGUGUCGGCCCCGCCCUCCUGUGUGUCUGCCCCGCCCUCAUGUGUGUCUACCCCGCCCUCAUGUGUGUCGGCCCCGCCCUCAUGUGUGUCGGCCCCGCCCUCAUGUGUGUCGGCCCCGCCCUCAUGUGUGUCGGCCCCGCCCUCCUGUGUGUCUGCCCCGCCCUCAUGUGUGUCGGCCCCGCCCUCAUGUGUGUCGGCCCCGCCCUCAUGUGUGUCGGCCCCGCCCUCCUGUGUGUCUGCCCCGCCCUCAUGUGUGUCUGCCCCGCCCCCAUGUGUGUCGGCCCCGCCCUCAUGUGUGUCUGCCCCGCCCUCAUGUGUGUCUGCCCCGCCCUCAUGUGUGUCUGCCCCGCCCUCAUGUGUGUCGGCCCCGCCCUCCUGUGUGUCUGCCCCGCCCUCAUGUGUGUCUGCCCCGCCCUCAUGUGUGUCUGCCCCGCCCUCAUGUGUGUCUACCCCGCCCUCAUGUGUGUCUACCCCGCCCUCAUGUGUGUCUGCCCCGCCCUCAUGUGUGUCGGCCCCGCCCUCAUGUGUGUCGGCCCCACCCUCAUGUGUGUCUGCCCCGCCCUCAUGUGUGUCUGCCCCACCCUCAUGUGUGUCUGCCCCGCCCUCCUGUGUGUCUGCCCCGCCCUCAUGUGUGUCGGCCCCGCCCUCAUGUGUGUCGGCCCCGCCCUCAUGUGUGUCUGCCCCGCCCUCAUGUGUGUCUGCCCCGCCCUCAUGUGUGUCUGCCCCGCCCUCAUGUGUGUCGGCCCCGCCCUCAUGUGUGUCGGCCCCGCCCUCAUGUGUGUCUGCCCCGCCCUCAUGUGUGUCUGCCCCGCCCUCAUGUGUGUCUGCCCCGCCCUCAUGUGUGUCUACCCCGCCCUCAUGUGUGUCUACCCCGCCCUCAUGUGUGUCUGCCCCACCCUCAUGUGUGUCGGCCCCGCCCUCAUGUGUGUCUGCCCCGCCCUCAUGUGUGUCUGCCCCGCCCUCAUGUGUGUCUGCCCCGCCCCCAUGUGUGUCUGCCCCGCCCUCAUGUGUGUCGGCCCCGCCCUCAUGUGUGUCUGCUCCGCCCUCAUGUGUGUCUGCCCCGCCCUCAUGUGUGUCUGCCCCGCCCUCAUGUGUGUCGGCCCCGCCCUCAUGUGUGUCUGCUCCGCCCUCAUGUGUGUCUGCCCCGCCCUCAUGUGUGUCUGCCCCGCCCUCAUGUGUGUCGGCCCCGCCCUCCUGUGUGUCUGCCCCGCCCUCAUGUGUGUCUGCCCCGCCCCCAUGUGUGUCGGCCCCGCCCUCAUGUGUGUCGGCCCCGCCCUCAUGUGUGUCUGCCCCGCCCUCAUGUGUGUCUGCCCCGCCCUCAUGUGUGUCUGCCCCGCCCUCAUGUGUGUCUGCCCCGCCCUCCUGUGUGUCUGCCCCGCCCUCAUGUGUGUCGGCCCCGCCCUCCUGUGUGUCUGCCCCGCCCUCAUGUGUGUCUGCCCCGCCCUCCUGUGUGUCUGCCCCACCCUCAUGUGUGUCGGCCCCGCCCUCAUGUGUGUCGGCCCCGCCCCCAUGUGUGUCGGCCCCGCCCUCAUGUGUGUCGGCCCCGCCCUCAUGUGUGUCGGCCCCGCCCUCAUGUGUGUCUGCCCCGCCCUCCUGUGUGUCUGCCCCACCCUCAUGUGUGUCGGCCCCGCCCUCAUGUGUGUCGGCCCCGCCCCCAUGUGUGUCGGCCCCGCCCUCAUGUGUGUCUGCCCCGCCCUCAUGUGUGUCUACCCCGCCCUCAUGUGUGUCUGCCCCGCCCUCAUGUGUGUCUGCCCCGCCCUCAUGUGUGUCGGCCCCGCCCUCAUGUGUGUCGGCCCCGCCCUCCUGUGUGUCUGCCCCACCCUCAUGUGUGUCUGCCCCACCCUCAUGUGUGUCUACCCCGCCCUCAUGUGUGUCUGCCCCGCCCUCAUGUGUGUCUGCCCCGCCCUCAUGUGUGUCGGCCCCGCCCUCAUGUGUGUCUGCCCCGCCCUCAUGUGUGUCGGCCCCGCCCCCAUUUUCCUUUGGCCGCGUGACACAUGUCCUCAUUUGA